AUGGACGCAGAGGGGCUGCUGGCGUCGGCGACGAUCAACCUGGGGCUGGCGCUGGUGGCGUUGUCGCUCUUCUCCAUGCUCAAGAAGCAGCCGGGGAACGCGCCCGUCUACCGGCCGCUGCGGAUGGCGGAGGGCGGCGGCGGCGUGUUGCCGCUCGGCACGGGGCGGCUGACCCCGUCGUUCCGGUGGAUCGGCGCGGCGUUCCGGCUCUCCGAGGACGACGUGCUGCGGCGCCACGGCCUCGACGCCCUCGCCGUCAUCCGCCUCUUCAAGUUCGGGUUCAAGUGUUUCAGUGUCUGCUCAAUUGUGGGAGUAUCGAUCCUUGUGCCGGUAAAUUAUACCAGCAAAGGUCCGCCCGACAUCGGGUGGUCAAACUCCAUGGAGCUUUUCACGGUGUCCAACGUGCCAAGGGGCUCUGACAGGCUUUGGGUGCAUUUUUCAUGCCUUUGCUUCAUAUCCUUUUAUGUGGUGUAUUUGCUUCAUAAGGAGUACAAAGACAUGUCCCAGAAAAGAAUUGAACAAUUGAAGUAUCACAGGAAGAGACCUGAUCAGUUUACCAUUUUAGUUCAAGGAAUUCCACUGUGCGCAGAUCAUGGAACUUAUGGGUGUCAUGCUGAUCACUUCUUCUCAAAACAUUAUCUGACGUACCAAUCGUAUCAAAUACUGCACGAUGUAGGAAACAUUGAGUCAUUACAGAAACUGGCAUCUUCCCUUGAAAGACAGAUAAGGAGGAAAAGGGAUAGCAGAGGAUGCAACUUUUUGCAGCGGAUCUGGUUUAAGUUCACACUGGGAGCAAUAGAUGCUCACAGCCAGGAACAAAAAUUGAAGGAAGUUCAAGAGUCUAUCCGCCUCCAGCAGUGUAAAAAUAUGCUUAAACAGAAGGAGUUACCCGUAGCUUUUGUCUCAUUCAAGUCCCGGUUGGAGGCUGCCCAAGCGGCUGAAAUGCAACAGCAUGUCAAUCCGCUGGCAUUGGUUACACGUUAUGCUCCUGAACCAACUGAAGCAAUAUGGUCAAAUCUGGCUAUUCCUUUCUACCGUCUUGCUGUAUACAAGCUUGGAGUCUUCAUUGCUGCAUUUUUACUGACGGUGUUCUUCACCAUCCCUGUCACAGCUGUGCAAGGGAUUGUGCAAUUUGAGAAGAUUAAAAAAUGGUUCCCACUGGCUAGGGCUGUGCAACUUAUACCAGGCCUGAAUUCUGUUGUAACUGGAUAUCUUCCAAGCUUGAUUUUAAAUGGAUUUAUCUACUUGAUUCCAUUUGCAAUGCUCGGUAUGGCAUCAUUUGAAGGUUGCAUUUCCAAAAGUCAGAACGAAAUCAAGGCUUGCAACAUGGUGUUCUACUUCUUGGUAGGAAAUGUUUUCUUCCUGAGUAUUCUUUCGGGGUCUCUACUCGAUCAGAUAGGGGAGUCCUUUAAUCACCCUAAAGACAUCCCUAGCCGCCUUGCAAGAGCUGUUUCUGCACAGUCAGAUUUCUUCAUCACAUACAUCUUGACCAACGGAAUGUCAGGGUUUUCUUGCGAGGUUCUCCAGUUUGGUUUGCUUACAUGGCACUUCUUUAAGGCGCAUUCAGUUGGACAUGCUGAUGAGCCAUAUCUUUAUGGCUUCCCUUACUACAGAGUUGUGCCCAUUGUUUCCCUUGCAGUAUUGAUUGGAAUGGUGUAUGCUGUCGUUGCACCUCUUCUGCUUCCCAUUCUUGUGAUCUACUUUUUGCUCGGUUAUGCAGUGUUCAUCAACCAGAUGGAAGAUGUAUAUGAGAUCACAUAUGACACCUGCGGACAAUAUUGGCCUACUAUUCACCACUACAUAUUCCUCUCGGUCACUCUCAUGCAAACUACAAUGAUAGGGCUGUUUGGGCUGAAGUCGAAGCCAGGAGCUUCAUUCGCCACAAUUCCCUUGCUUGUGCUUACCAUCAUGUUCAAUGAGUACUGCAAGGUUCGGUUUCUUCCAACUUUCCAGUGCCGCCCUGUCCAGGUUUGCAAGGAGAGUGACGAACUUGAUAAAACCGAUCGGGAGGCACAAGGCAGCUCAGAUCAUGCCAUCAAGGCCUACACGCCACCAUGGAUGCGCCUGACAGGAAGCUCCUCAGAAUCUAGUUCAGUGCAGCCUUUAGUCGGUUGUUUGAUAUAAUGAUGUCAGUAUGGCUUGUUCUCUAUAAAUCCAUUAGGAAUGCCGGGUACAGCGCUAAGCGAGGUUACAUGAAGAACAGUAUUGGCAUAUGGACAGUUGCAGGACCAGUAUUUGUGUAAUUAUCGACGAUCAUCAGGUCAAACCACACCGAAUUCGACCUCCUUAAAGUAUAUAGUAAUUAUGCACGCACAAUGUGCUUGUCAACUAA